GCUGGAUAAAUACACCGCAGUCUGCAGGACAUCUGCCUCUUUCUCGUUUCAUCUGCUCUGAGACGUCGUUGCAGCUCACGCAGACAUGAAUCCUCUGGGCUUCACUUUGGUUCUGGGACUCCUCGUGGGGAUGCAGGCUCAGAACAAUGUGAUCCGGCCUCUGUGCGACUCCCCCGACGUGGAGGAGGCUGCUCUGGUGGCUCGGGAUUUCCUCAACAACCAACACAACCAUGGCUACAAGUACGCACUGAACAGAAUUGAUGAUGUCAAGAUCUCGACGACACCUGAUGGAAGCAGUACAUAUUUCCUGGACAUUGAAUUAUUGGAGACAAACUGUCAUGUGAUGGACCCCACUCCUGUGGCCAACUGUUCAGUUAGGCCCAAGCUUAUGACGGCAAUAGAAGGAGACUGUGAUGUGGUGCUGAAGAAGGUAAAUGGUACCCUGACAGUCACUGCGUUCAAGUGUAAAACUGAAGAAUCAAGAGAAGACUUAUGUUUGGGCUGCCCCACACUGCUUCCCUUGAACCACUCUGCAGCUCUGGACUUUGUCCAUGCCUCCCUGACAAAGCUCAACAACGUGACUGAAAAUGUAACCUACUCCUUGGUGGAUGUUGGAAGGAUGAGUUCACAGGUGGUGUCCGGUGGCGCUCUGUAUAUCGUAGAAUAUGUUGUCGUCGAGGCUAACUGCCUCAAUGAUACCUGCACGCCCCUUAAUGACACCAUGGCUGCUCGUGGAAUUUGCACUGCAAAAGGUCUUCAUGCAGAACCUGCUGUCAACUGCAAGAUGUUCUCCUAUCUGGUGCCCCUUGAUGAUUCCAACAGCACUGUAGCUGCAGAGCCCGGCCUCCCACCACUUGUCCACGUUCACUCUGGCGGUCACAAACACGGCAGGGGGCACCACAAGCUAACUGCCCUCCAUGACCCUCACAUGACUGGCCUUUUAUCUGCAGAAUCAGAGUCUGCCGAAACUGUACCCGUAGCCCCUACUGUACAAGUCAAUGCUGCAGUCGCUGACCCUUCCUCGGCUCCUGCCACUUCUUCCUCCUCCGCUUCAGACGACUCAGCCAGUGCAGAGGUUCCUCUUUCCGUGGUGAAGAGAGCAGUUGAAGCACCUACAGCUCAGGCAGACCCUGUUGCUCUUGUGCCCCCAUGCCCCGGGAGGAUCCGAUUUUUCUAGGCAUUCACGCACUAAAGACUCAAUGCUUGCUUCUUUCAUUUACACUUGUGCUAGCAUCUGAUGUACAAGUAUGCACUGUGGUAGGUAGAUGUAAUGCCAAUAGACCAAAAUGAGCUAUCGGGUUGGAAAUUGAAAUAUGCAUUAUUGGAAGAAAAAAAAUGGUUAAAGAUUUGCAUGUAUUUUGAAGACUAAUCUGGUGUUCUUGAUCAUUUAAUGCAGUUUAGUCAGAUUUAGUGCAAAAUGAUUGAAAAAGGUACUGUGAUUUCUCUGUGAAAAAGAAGUUCUGAUUUAGUGUUAAAAUUUGCACGAUUGUAAUUCCCACAAUGUUUAUGCAUACUGAAAAAUCAUAAGGGUUUAACGUUUCCGUUUUUCGAAACAAACCUGUGUUUCCGCCCCCCCAAGGUCGGUCAUUCUGAAAACAGAAUUCCCUUCUGAUAAAACUGAAUGUCAAUAAAAGCCUUUGAAAUCCCCA